AGAAAAAGUCAUACCCAAUCGCUUCUUCUUCUCCUCGAAACCCAGCGAAUUUGCAGAAACUCUCCCGUGCUUCUUCUUCUUCUUCGUCCGUCCGAACUCGACCAACCUUUGGUUCAGCUCAAGACCAAAACGCGGGGUUCUCGUUUUGCUUUCGGCCGGGGGAGAUGGCGUACGUGGACCAUGCCUUCUCGAUCUCGGACGAGGACAUGAUGAUGGACUCCCCUUACGCCGUCAACAGCAGGCCCCCCAUCAAGGAGAUCGCCCUCGCCGUCUCCCUCCUCGUCGUCGGCACCCUCGGCAUCGUCCUCGGCACCCUCAUGGCCUCCUACCGUGUCGGCGGCGACCGUACCCACGGGGUGUUCUUCGCGGUUCUUGGCUCGAUCUUGUUCAUUCCCGGGUUCUAUUACACUCGCAUUGCUUACUAUGCAUAUAAGGGAUAUAAAGGUUUCUCCUUUGCCAACAUACCUGCCGUUUGAGGGGGAGUUACUCAGCGUUCGCCUUCUCUUCCUGUACACAUCUUUCUCCUCUUCUGUUUUCCUUGUCCCUGCUUUUGUUUCUUCGGAUUCGUUACCUAUGCUGCCUUCAGUGAUGUCUCGGGAGUAUGUUGUAGUGUAAUUGUCCAUGCCGUUGUAAUACCGAGGAUGAGUAUGUACAUACAAGGAACAAACGAUGACACCUUGCUCUAUGAAUAAAUGCAUCUGGGUUUAUGCUUCUCCGAGUUA